AUGUUAGUUCUAUUUCUAGCUAACUCACUUGUAAAUCCUAUAAUUUACGCUCUUCGGAUGCCAGGAUUCAGAGAAGGUUUAUUACAGCUAGUUUACAGGAACCCAGACAUUUCUAACGCCCCAGCAAACCUACCACUUCGUAACCUUAGAAGAGUGUAGAUUAAAGGUAAGAAAACUACUAGCAUUUCCAUUUUUUGUUUUGGUUUCCAUUAAAAUCUUAUCACUUGUAAAAAAAUACGCUGGUGGCAUACGAACAGGUCUUUGAUACAGUAUAGUUUUGCCUUUAAAUAGAAACAGUUUAAUCAACUUUUUAUAGGCCCAACAUUGUGAUCAUUGGCAUAACAGCUUGACUUGAAUCAAAAUAAAUAUGAAAUUUUAACAAAUCCGAGAUGAAUAACUUAGAGGGACUCGCCCACCCCCUCCCUCACCCACAUAUACUGAGGAGGCUGUGUGAACAUGGAAAAAAAUUUUUUGUUUGUUUUAUUGAAAAGCACUAUGCGCAAAGGAAAGCAAUGCAAAAAUGUGUGAGUAAAAAAAUUCAAAAUCGUAUUUACAACCUCUGGAAUAACCACAGUUUUCAUAUGGACGGGAGUGUUUUACCGGGAAAUAAAACACUGACGCCCACACUAAUGGUAUUAGUACGACCACCACAUCCAGGAAUCGAGAGGCAUAAUCAUUUUCAUUUUGUAACACGUGGUGUGGUGAUAUUGAGCAACGACCACACGAUUCGGGCCUGUUUAAACUUUGCUGAAUGAACUUGGUUUGUUUGUGGUUUGGAAUAUUAAUUGGCAGCAAGAUUCAUUAUGGUAAGCGACGAAGAUGUAAAUCGGCAUUUCUCCAACAACAUGAGAACGAGAAAACCAAGAUAUCUUCUCGCCACCGAGUAAUAUUCUCAGUUUAUCUACCAGUGAGAACAAAAGAGUCCCAAAACGCCGAAAUUUUAUUUUAUUUAUCCUUUUUUAUGAAAUGAAGACAAAACGGCUUAUCAUAUAAAAAACAUUGCCAAUUUUCAGUUGAAAACGUAUUCAGUUCUGUAAUUGUAAGUAUGUCAUUCCAUGGAAGGUUCUGAAGACUGGUUCACACGUGCGAUGCAAAUGCAAACGCAAACGCAAAUGGAAAUGGAAGCGAGUUGACACGUCCAACGUAAUGCAAGGAAAGAGAGAUACACAAGCGCAGUAAAAGUAUUUUUCGAAGAUGGCCGACAAGGAUUGAGCUUUUGCCGAUUCACACGUGUGGGAAGCGAACGCAAAUACUGGCUCAAGAAGAUGUGCCACUUUGGAACUUAAGAAUAACUCGGAUAAAUGGUUGGAAAGGAUGCUUGAAUUUGAUGUGUUCAGGCAGCGAGUAUUUGUAUCGCUAAAAAAGGUUUUGUGCCAUCAGUUUUUGCGUUCUUUCAAAGUAUACUUAGGGACGGAGAACUGAAAUGAGGAAAAGAGCCGUUCCAUGGAAGGUUCUGAAGACUGGUUCACACGUGCGUUGCAAAUGCAAACGCUAAAGCAAACGCAAAUAGAAAUGCAAGCGAGUUCACACGUCCAACGCAAACGCAAGGAAAGAGAGAUACGCAAGCGUAGUAGAAGUAUUUUUCCAAGAUGGUCGACAAUGAUUGAUCUUUUGCCGAUUCACGUGUGGGAAGCAAACACAAAUGCAAGCUCGAGAAAAUGGAAAUUUGUUUGUUCCUUGCGUUGACGCUUGCGUUUGCAUGUGCAUUUGCGUUGGGGUGGUUCACAUGAGCAAUUCCUUGCAUUUGCAUUUGCAUUUGCGUUUGCGUUCGCUGAGGUUCUCCUUGUGUCGUUGAUUGACCGAGGGAGGUGUGGGUACUAAUCCUUUUACCCUCUUAGGUAAUUAAUUCCACUUUUGAUGUGUGCCAUCAGUUUCUUGCGUUCUUCCAUAGUAUAACUAGGGACGGAUAGCUGAGAUGAGGCAAAGAGCCGAGCUUCUUUUUGUAAAAGCGGCGACAUUAAGGUUCAAGUUACAUUAAGCAAUACCCUGUUAUUUCAUUCAGACCGAAGAAACUGAACUAUGUUGUUAUCGUCCCUGACAAUCCUGGUAACUGGUUGUGAUAAAAGUUGCAAUUCUUAUCUAAGCUGACUAGCCCAAUCCGAAUCAAGUAACACCUUGCCACAAGAGCUGCCAUGAUUAAUGACGUCUCAAGUUGACACACAGCCUCCCGCAAUAUAUAUAAGAUAAAUGAAUAAAGAGGGUUAGUUUAUAAAGAAACUGUGGUGCUGCGUCGAUGGGAGAGUAUAACAGGGUAAUUUAGUGUUAUCGACUGAGUUGAAAACGUAACUUGGCCACCGUAAAGAGUUUAAAGGCUGACGUUUCGAGCGUUAGCACUUCGUUAGAGCGAUGGGAGGAAUUUUGGGUUUUGUGUGAGUUUAUAUGCAGAAAAUGGAGCUACGCUAUUGGUGGGAAGAAUGAAUUAGUUGAAUGAAAAGCGUUUGUUGAUACCGUGGGGAUUAAGGGUGCCGAUUUAGAAGAUAAAUUUUUGCUCCAGAGUUUUGCGGCUUUCCGAACUGCCCAGAUAUAGGAAGAGGCCGCAAACCGCCAUAUGCUGUUCAGAAUGAUUUGGGGGAUUAAAGUGUCUCGCGACUGGUUUGAAUGCGUCCUUGUCAUUUCUUUCUACGUGGCGAAGGUGUUCUCGGAAUCGGUCAGCUAGUCUUCUUCCUGUUUCACAAAUGUAUAACUUUUUGCAACAAGUUCAAAUUAUGCAGUAAAUGACAUUGCUUAAUUAAUUGGCGGAGUUGCACGUAAAGUGAUCAGUGAUCUUAAUGGAUCUCUUGGGUCCCGACAUUUUCUCUAUCUCAUCCAAAACAUAAACUAUUGGAAGGCAAGAACGAAAGAAAUUACUUGUAGUGGCAAACACCCUCGUUGCUUCUCUUAGAAUUGGAUUUCUGAUCGAGGUUUUUGCUAGUCCUCAACAUGAACAGUAAGAGAAAUUAUUGAACGAACAUCAACCCAGUUAUGAUUAUAUUUACCUGGGAAAAGUCGUCUUCUACAACGGUGUAUGAGUAAACAAUUCAUCUCCUUAACCACUCAGAUUCAACAACAUCAACAUAGUAUCUUCCGCACAAUGUCAAGACACUCCGAGGAAGAUUGGUAACAAAAGACAGCAUCGGUCCAUCAGGAAAGUUUGAUGAAGCACUCAACUUACAGACCAUUUGUAACAUAUUAUAUUAAGUGGAAGAGAGAUUUGAGAUAUUAGUGCGCAGCUCUCUGAUAUCGGCCCUGAUAUUCUUAUCGUAAGGGUAUGACCUAAGGUCUACACUCGAUAGAAGUUUAUAAUUAUGUUCAUUUAGUUAGUGCAUAUUCUGUUGGUCAAGAACAUCAACGACGUAAAUUUAAAACCAGUGCAGACAUUUCCUCGUGAGUCUUUCGCUUUCGAGUCUCCUUUUCUUCUUUUCAUUAAUGUAUUAUAUAGUUGGCAAUUGUAUAUAUAUAUUUAACAUUCCGUCCAUAGGCUUCGUUUUAUAGACAACUGGGUUUAUGAUGUCUACGUUUCGGAUUGAUUGGCAAACAGAAGUAAAACUCUUGCAUUUUUAAAGAAUUGAAGUGCGUGAUCAAGGGUUGUUUACUGGUACUGUUUUAUAUAAGCCGUUUUGUCGUAAAUUUAAAUGGCUCUGUUACAUAGCGCCUUCGGCCCAGAUACUGAUAUUGAUCCCAUUUUACGAACAUUUAACGUAUUUUUACGAACAUUUAACUGUCGCAUUUUACUAACAUUUAACAGUCGCAUUUUACGAACAUUUAGUCGCAUUUUACGAACAUUUAGUCGCAUUUUACGAACAUUUCACGUAUUUUUACGAACAUUUAAGAGUCGCAUUUUACGAACAUUUAAGAGUCGCUUUUUACGAACAUUUAAGAGUCGCAUUUUACGAACAUUUAACGGGCGCUUUUUACGAACUUUGAGGUCGUACAUUUUAAAAGCAUUUAUUACAUAAGGCCAUUCAUUUGACCAUUAUUACAUAAGGGUUGUUUACUGGUACUGUUUUAUAUAAGCCGUUUUUUCGUAAAUUAAAAUGGCUCUGUUACAUAGCGCCUUCGGCCCAGAUACUGAUAUUGAUCCCAUUUAGUCGCAUUUUACAAACAUUUAACGUAUUUUUACGAACAUUUAAGAGUCGCAUUUUACGAACAUUUAAGAGUCGCAUUUUACGAACAUUUAACGGUCGCAUUUUAUGAACAUUUAAGAGUCGCAUUUUACGAACAUUUAAGAGUCGCAUUUUACGAACAUUUAAGAGUCGCAUUUUACGAACAUUUAGUCGCAUUUUACGAACAUUUAAGAGUCGCAUUUUACGAACAUUUAAGAGUCGCAUUUUACGAACAUUUAAAAGUCGCAUUUUACGAACAUUUAAGAGUCGCAUUUUACGAACAUUUAAGAGUCGCAUUUUACGAACAUUUAACGGUCGCAUUUUACGAACAUUUAGUUGCAUUUUACGAGCAUUUAAAGUAUUUUUACGAACACUUAACAGUCGCAUUUUACGAGCAUUUAACAGUCGCAUUUUACGAACAUUUAACAGCCGCAUUUUACGAACAUUUAACAGUCGCAUUUUAUGAACAUUUAACGGGUGCUUUUUACAAACUUUAAGGUCGUACAUUUUAAAAACAUUUAUUACAUAAGGCUAUUCAUUUGACCUGAAUUACAUAAGGGUUGUUUACUGGUACUGUUUUAUAUAAGCUGUUUUUUCGUAAAUUUAAAUGGCUCUGUUACAUAGCGCCUUCGGCCCAGAUACUGAUAUUGAUCCAAAAAGUGUUUAGAUGAGAGUCUAUAUUUGUAGCGUAAACACGGUUGUGUUGUUAUAUACACGUGUGUAUUGUUAACAAAUAUACUUUACAAAAGCAAUGGAGGACUUUUUCCCAAGUUUCCACAAGUUCAUCGAAACCGGCCAGGGUGAGUGAUCUUGCAUUGAGAGAGUACUCCAAAGUUCUACAUUUCCGGCUUGAAUAACUCCUUUUAUCACAUAAACUGCAGUGUUAUAGAGGGAUUUCCGGCCCUGAGAAAAGCCGUAACAACACACGUGAAGAAAUAUCGUAUUUUUUCACGUAUGUUGAUAUAGCCAAUCAGCUGCUUAUACGUCACUCGCCUUUGGCGCCACUCAGUCAGGUUGAUGAAUGAACGGCAUAGCCUUCACAAUUCUCAUUACAAGUUGUUUGUCAGAGCUUUCUUGAAUUAUGGUGGCUAAAACACUAAAAAAUCCGUAUCGCUGACAGACAAUGAGGUACAAACUUUCCUAGAAGGGGAAGAAAACCAGUAUACUAAAAGAAGAACCGAAAGUUGCGUAUUCAGCAGCUUUGGUGUCAGCAUUUCUCUCGCCUGAGAAUGAAAAUCGACACUGGUCGAUUUUGGCCGUUUACCUGAAAGACUUCUUCCGUCGGAAAGGAGAAUGUCAAUAAAUGAGAAUUUUUUAAAUUGAAAAUUACGACCGAUUCAACGCAUUUUUCCAUCUUAAGAGUCAGCGCCAACGCACUCUACGAUUGUUAUUCGAGGAUUGUCGAUUCAUUUAUUUUCAUUCAUUAAUGAAGUCGGCUUUUCUUCCCAGUAAAUGGCUAUUUGUUAUACACAAAAUAAUACAUGGUUGCUUGUAGAUAUGGAAUUUUUCUCCUCGUGCUCAACUCGAAUAGAAAUUUCAUAUCUACGCGCGCCCAUGUAUUAUUCUCUAUUUAUCAUGCUCAUAAUCGAGGAUGAUGACUGAGAUAGCCUAACUAGCAACUGCACAGAUAGCUAAGAGAGAAAUUAGAUAGAAUGGGGAACACAUGAUGGGGUCUCAAAAAUAAACACAUAACUACAGCUGCUUGCAAUCAGAGGUAUCAGAACCACCACUUCGAAUGUAGCCGAUAACCAAAUUAUUAAUAUUUGUUGGUUUUAUUGCUACAGGGAAAGGCAGAACGUCGAGUUUUCAAAUGGCAAGUAUCAAAAAAUCGGAAUCUUCACGAGGAGAGAAUACUAUCUUCAUCCUCGGAGUUAGAGUUAAAUUAAAUACAAAUGCAGCGGUAGAUCAGAAGAAAUAAACGUCACCGUGUUAUUUUAUUUUCCAAGGUUUUGUCGGCUGGAUCAUUUUUCCCGUCUAAUAUUAUAUAUUCUUAGGUACUAAGCAACAGCUUUUAAAAAAUUAAACUCUAUGAUCAAGGAAAUAGCUCAUCUCUGAUAGUAUUUUGCAGUUUGACAACGAUAAAGUAACGGAUUUAGUCCAAAUUAAUGCAAAUCAGGUGUAUGCUUCAAUCCAAAAUUCGGUUCAGCCGCACUCAAAUUAACAUACCCUAAUUACUUCCUUUAUGAUCCCGCCUGUGAGACAGUGAACGUGAGGCUGUCAAUAAAUGUCUUAUUCAUGAGAAUAUUUUUAACUUAAGAUAUGAGAUUACAACUGUAUUAGUUUCAAAAAAUUACACCGUCGAAUUUAUGACGAUACUCUUGAAGUUGUGUUCAGUAGGUUUGCUUUACUUAUGACCUACCUUGCAAGAAAAUAAAGUCUUAAAUAUAGAAAUUAUUACAUUCAUAUGAUAAAGUUGGUGAUGUUGACUGAUGACUAAUUAUUUUAGCUUUAUACCUUAUCCCUACAAACUGCGUCUCAUUCGGACUCUAAUGCCUGCUAUGUCUGCGAAACCCCUCAACAUUUAUCCACACGCGUAGGUGGGCACUUGCAAUUGAUCAUUGAUUGCAUUCUCAAAUUUUCAGACAUUUAUACAAUUCUCCACAAUGUCGCACUCUUUUUUCUGAUGAGUAUUGUAACAUCUUAGAUCACGCUACCACAACUUUUCAACUCAAAAUCAAAGGAAAAAUUAUUAUCAAGUGAAAAAUCGACUAAAGAAGUUUUUUAAGGAAAAAAGAAAAUUUUUUGAACCAAAAUAAAAACAUUAAGAAAUAUGCCUCGUAUUUUAAUUUUGAAAUGUUUUCUCAGCCAGUUAAAUCGCCUUCUUCUGUGAUAUAACUUCUCCUGUAAACAUCAAAAGCUUUCAAAACUGUAUUCAAGGUUUCUAAAAACUAUUCAUCUUCAUUUAUUUGAUAUUCAAGUAUUGAUUCUCCAGACGAAGCUGUUGUGCCGGCGGUUUGGGUUCACAUAGAUACGGAACUUUCUUUGAAUUAACGACGUACAGGUUUAGAACAGUUUACCUGUUGUUCCUGUUCAGCUGCACUCAGAACGUCUUACGACAUCUAGAUAUCAUAUGUCAGACAUUUGGAAAGUUAAAUUCGAGUCGUGAUAGUGGUGUGUCUAUUCUCUAUCACUAUUCCGUGGCGUGCUGUUUCUCAUUCAUUCGGAAAACCGCCUUUGGUCAAAUUUGACUCUAACUCAGUUUUUAGGGGAUACGAAGUACUUUGUUAUCAGUGAGGUAGGUUCGUAAGAUUUCAUUCGUUUACAAACUCUAGUUUUGGUGAGAUGAAGUAAGCCGAGUUAAAGUGGGUGGAGAGAGUUUAUGGAAAACCCUUUGGAAGCCUGUGGAAAAUUCUGGAAUUGUACUCUUAUUUCCUCCUUCUGAUGCUCAUGAAACUGUUGAUGAAUUGGAGACCUCUUGUGAAAAGCCUGUUCCUUCUCAGCCUUCAUUACACGUUCGCGACGAGACGAUGAAAAGAUCUUUCUUUGUUUCAUUACUGAGUACAACCUUUUCCAACUUGAUUCCCUCUUGCCAUCUUUGUUAUCAUAUUUACACACAUCGACAAUCUUUUACAAGUAUGUGGAAAUUUUAUAAUUUUAGCUUCUUUUGAUUCUUAUAAUACGAUUAAGGCAAUUGAGAUCUCUUUUAUAAAGGCUUUUGAUUAUUCAGAGCAUAUUGAAGGAAUGGUGUAUUGUUAAAAAAAGAGAAAAUUUGUUCCAAAAUGAGAGAGGGACUGAAUUAUCAAACUUCUGGAUAUGUAUAUUGCACCAAAAAAACCGAAACAUGAACAUGAGUCAAAAUACAAAAGAAAGGUAGCAAAUAUAAUUCUGUUGUUAUGGUCACCGACAAUCUUAAUUGGCGAUUAAGCGCGAUAAAGUUACACCUAGCCGCGAGAGCCGCCAUAGUUUAUGACUUCUCGAGUUUACCCAAACUCCUUUAAAAAGAAAAAAACAAAUUACAAAUGGACCUCAUAUUUCUAACAAAUCGUUCAAAGCCAGUUAACUUGCCUGCUUCAAUGAUAAAUUUCUCCCGCUAAAACCAAAAGCUUUCAAAGCUCCAUUCAAGGAUUUUACGAACUCUUUCUUUCCACUCGUUUAAUGUGCUAAUGUUAAUUCUCUAUUCAGCUGUUUUGUGGGUGGAUUUACCACCAUACGGGACGUUAAUCACAAUAACAAUCGAGGAGUUUAGGCGGAUGUCUCUAUCUGUAAUUCUUGUUUAGCUGCACUAAAAAUGUCGUUUUCCUUUCAGCUAUUAUCUGUCAAUCAUUUGGAAAAACUAAAUUGGAGUUAUAAGUUUAGUCUGCAUUGCACUCUUCCUCAGCCUGCUACUUUCUUUUUUAUUUGAAAACCGCCCUUUCCGCAUUCGAUUCAAACUCAAUUCGUUAAGAGGAUAAAAACACUUUCGUUAUCAUUGAGUUAAGUUCAAAAUAUUCUUAAGAUUCGUUUGCAAAUUCUGCAUUCGAUAAGAUGAGGAAAACUGAAUCAAUAUGGACGGAAAUGUGUUAUUGAUAAUCUUAAUAAUCGUAACGCGUCGAAAAAGAUAUCUUUCUCCAGCUUGUUGCUUAUGAUAUUGACAAAGGAAGAAAUUUAUCCGAAGCGAGAAAAGACUAUUACUAAACUUCUGGGUGUAGAAAAUAAAACGCAAGAGAUGCUUUUGCUUUUAAAAAUGUUCGUUAUGUUUCACCGUACCUACAAUUAAUUUGUCUUUGAAGUUUUCGAGGCGGUAACAACAACAACCGUAUUUCGAAUAGCGGCACCGAGAAGAGAAGUAGGUCUUUCUAUACUCAGCCUUUCUACUAUAUUUCCGGAAGAUCUCUAAAUUGUUUGUUGCCAUCUGUCUUUGAAAUUGUUUGUUGCCAUCUGUCUUUGGAGGCUAUAAAUUUCAUUCAAGCAACUGAGAUCACUGGUGGCAAAGCUUUCCGCUUAUUCAGUGAACAUCAAAAAAGUUCAUAUUAUUAUAUUCGUCUUUUUCGAAAGAAAAAAAAAUGAAUAGGCUGAAUGAUUAAAUUUCCGGGUAUGAAUGUGAUAUAAAGAAACACGAGGAUCAGUUUUGGUUAACAGACGAAACUUAGUUGGUCAAAACACGUUUAAAAAAACAUAAAAAGCAGUAAUUGACAUAUUUCUUUAUUGAGAAUGUUGAGUUCGUAUUUCAUUUUAUCUGUAAUUGAACUGUUUUCUGUUAUUUUUAUAGCAGCGAACAGAGCUCAGAGAAAAUGCAGCCUUUCGGCUCAGCUUCAGAGUGCAUUCCAUGGUUUGUGGUCCUCAUCAUCGAAUGUCUGGCCAUAGUCAUCCUUAAUAUCAUCACCAUUGUGGUUUUUGUGGAGAAGAGGCGUCAGCUACAGCGGCGGAGGACAUAUUUGAUCAUCCAUCUGGCGAUAGUCGAUCUCUUAGCGGGCACAGUCUCUGGGCCGCUAAUGAUUGAAAACGUUAUAACGUUGUUUUGUCCGCUAUGGAAGUACAGACUAAUGACUCUUUGGUCUUAUCUAUUUAUUGUAUUUAUACAGCUAUUCCCGUUCACCUCCCUUGUAAAUCUUAUGGCUAUUUCCUUAGAACGGCUACACGCAACAUUUUGUCCAUUCAGGCAUCGCUUUGUGAGGAAAUGGGUUCAUAGAGCCAUAAUUAUUGUCAUUUGGUUAAUACCUAUUGUUAGAAUAGCCGCUAUAAUUUUCUUGUUGAAAAUUGAUUAUUUCGACGUAGUUAAUGCUUACUUGUUUCUCCUAUUUUACGUAGUUUCUCUAUUUGUUAUCUGUGUAUCUUACAUCCUCGUUGUUAUCAAAGUACGAUGUAGUCGUCAUCUUCAAUUCCAUUCUAGGUACAAAAGAGAAAGAAAACUGACGGGUACUGCGCUUAUCGUCUCACUUGUAUCGUUACUUUGUUUUCUACCAGCGAUAAUAUAUACAGCAUGUUGUGGCCUUUCCUUAAAUUAUUGCCAGAAUGCUCACAUUUCUCUGGCUGUGCUAGUUCUAUUCUUAGCUAACUCACUUGUAAAUCCUAUAAUUUACGCUCUUCGGAUGCCAGGAUUCAGAGAAGGUUUAUUACAGCUAUUUUACAGGGUCCCAGACCUUUCUCGUAUCGCCUCAGCAAAUCUGCCACUUCGUAACCUUAGGAGAGCGUAG